AUGACUGCUACGUUAAGAUCAAAAAUUUACAACCGCUUUUUGGCACCUGAUGAAUUAAAUGUUAACGAUUAUUUUAAGAAGGUUGGUGCCCAGGAUUGGAGGCUAAAAAGUUACCUAAACUAUCGUUUAGAAACUGAGAACAUAACUCCAACCUGGACCGAUGUAUUAAAUGGCUGGAAAGAUUCACUCGAAGCUAUGAUAAAUACCAAUCAUAUAAGAGUUCCGAACAGUGUAAAGCAUUUUUGUAAAGAAUUAUUAAACUUCAAUACUUUUGAAGGAGAAACUGUCCUUGAACGAUGUAUGAAAUGGUACAACAAUUUUUAUGAACAGAUGUUACAAGGAACAGAAAAUAAAAAGAGGCCGCAGGAUGACACCAAUGACAACGAGGCAGGCCCAUCAAAUGAAAAGCGUAGUCGGCAGGAUUCAUCAUGUGAAGGAGCAUAUCAAGAUGAUGUUGAAUAUCUAUUCGAGAUGUAUGCACGGGAUGAAGAAGAGAUAAAAGCGAUGGAUGUUAGGCCACUUUUAUGGCGAAUAAUUGACCUAUCCUAUUCUGAGGUUGCUCCCUCAACAUUAUCCCAAAAUGAUCAGGAAAAUGUUCGCAAAUUAAUCUCAUCUGCCCUAUGGAUAGGACAACCCAAUGAGUGGACAGUGUUAGUGCCGCCAGCAGAAAGAUGUUUAGGAUCGUUAGCGAAGUUGACGACAAAGCAACUGAAAAAGAUCGCAAAAACUGUUAAACCAAAUGGGAUCCAUGGUUCGGUUCUUGAGAUCAGAAAUAUUCUCACGUCCAGCGAAGUUGAAGAGUCAAAUCCUUUUCUAAUUGUUGAAAAUAAGGAUGAAAGCAAUAAAAAUCUUAUACGAGAAGAAGAUCACCUAAAUAAAGAUGUAUCAUACAUCCUCGAAUUACUCCGCUACACUUAUGAGAUGAUUGAUAUUGGAAUUCCUCAACGUCAUAAUUCUGAAAGAGAUAUUGACGUUUUUAUUAAAUCAACUAUAUUCUCUUGCUUUAACGGCAUUGUGGAUAGGCACUUUGGAGAAACUGUGUCUCGAGCUUCACGUGAUCGGCGAAGGAAGGCGAUAGAUGCUUCUUCAGAUGUGGAAGGUUACCACAUUGAUUGGUUGUUUACGCGUCAUGACCUUGCAAAGGAUAUGACAUGGGGUCGCGAGUUUUCUUUAUGCGAACGUGCUGGAUCAAGAAUCGAAAAUCACAAGAAGAUUCUAGAUAAUACUCUUAAAGUUCAAAAAACACUCAAAGAUAUGCACAAGACUCUUAUUGAUACAAUUGUCAUGACAAGUGGUGGAACAAUUUCGAAGGAAGUUCUCGAUGUUAUUCCAAAAAUGCUCAUGCCUGGAUUUUUGUCAUCAAGAUUUUUCAUCCGUAUGAUUCUCAUAAUGUAUGUUGGUGCUGGGUUCUACCUCUCAGCCGAGCUUGCGGAAUUUGAUAUCCCGACGGCUUAUGAAGAACUUGAGGGAGUUUUGAAAAUGGCGCGCGUCAUGCUACAAGCCAAGAGAAUGUUAUUCUCCACGGUUACACUUUUCGCUUCAACAAAGGAACGUGCAGAAAGGGAGAAGUUUUUACUGGGAAAGGUGCUAUUACCAGACCGACCAAAGGAAUGUUCAUCGCCAAUGAAGUCCAAAAACAAAAAGUGCCGAUAA